UAUCUAUCUACACCACCACCCCAUCAACACGCUCGCUCUCAUCUAUCCCUUCGUCCUGACCCCGUCGCCAACAUCUCCAGCACCAUGGCUGCAAACGCCAGAUACGAGCCCGCUCCGCAGCGAGACUCCAUCGAGGAGGAGCGCGCCUUCACCCAGCCCCCGCCGUCUUAUCAGGCAACCGACGACUUCUCGCAAGCGCCUCCACGCAGCGAGGAUGACAACGUCCCGGAUGACUUCAAGUUCGGCGGCACCGUCGCGGAGGGCACCCUGCCCAUCCGUAUGCAGUUCAUCCGCAAGGUCUACUCCAUUCUAACCGCCCAGCUCCUCCUCACCACAAUCCUCAGCUCGAUCUCCUUCUUCAGCCCCGCCUACCGAACAUGGAUCAAAUCCAACACCUGGCUGAUGGUUCUCUCCGUCUUCGGCGCCCUGGCCUUCAUGCUCUUCACCUACUGGAAGCGCAAAUCCUACCCAGCGAACCUCUUCUUCCUCUCCGGCUUCACCCUACUGGAAGGCUACUCCAUCAGCGUCGCCGUCUCGUUCUACGACUCGCGCAUCGUCGUGCAGGCCCUCGUCCUGACCCUCGGCCUCUUCGUCGCCCUCACCCUUUUCGCCUGCCAGACCAAAUAUGACUUCACCAACUGGAUGCCCUACCUCUUUGGCGCCCUGUGGUUCCUCAUCCUAUUCGGCUUCGUCGCCGUGUUUAUCCCCGCCAAUAGCACCAUCGAGCUCAUCUAUGGUGGUCUGGCCGCGUUGAUCUUCUCUGGGUAUAUUCUCGUCGAUACCCAGUUGGUCAUGAGGCAUUACCAUGUGGAGGAGGAGAUCGCCGCGUCUAUUUCGCUGUACCUGGAUAUCUUGAACUUGUUUUUGGCUAUUCUCAGGAUCUUGAAUAACCAGAAUAAUAACUAAGUGGGGGCUGUGGAUGAUGUCGGGGGGUGACGGUGGCUGUGGCAGCGGUGGUUAAGAAUGGAUGUGCCUCGACGUGGAGAGAGCAGGAGAGUCUGCCCUGCUCUGCUCUGCGCCCCGAUAAAUAACUCCGAGAUGGCUUCUACUGUCUCUAAUGAUCCCCGGCUCUGUUAUAUUACGUAUUUCCCCUUACUGGUUACUUUUUCUGUCUUUCCGUCUCCCUGUCUUGAUGACAGUACCCUCCUGAAGCCUGCUCAUUCUUCUCUGUUCGUUACCGAUACAACUCUCCCAAUGCGUGUAUUUGCUAUGCUUAUAGGUAGGUAGGUAGCUUAUGAAUGUGAUGUUAUUUACUUU